GACGCACCAGCAUAUGCGCGCCGGCGGCGGCCUGCCCGUGUCUGCGCUGGGCACGGCUCUCGAGGUGCCGGCGGCGGAGCGCCGCCCCCGCGUGGGCCGCCUGCCGGCGCAGCUGCCGCCCCCGGCGCCGGGGACGGAUCCGACGCUGCCGGACCCGCGGCCGGCCGGCGACGCCGACGCCGAGCCGGCGGCAGGGGAGGCUCGCUACGAGCUGCACGAGUACGGCUACGGCAAGAACUACGUCAAGCUGCUACACGUCAAGCGCGACGGCGCCACCCACUCCAUCCGCGAGUACGAGGUCAACACCCACCUGCGCCUCAACUCCAAGCGCGACUACCUGGCCGGCGACAACCGCCACAUCAUCGCCACCGACACCCAGAAGAACACCGUCUACGUGCUCGCCAAGAAGCACGGCGUGGAAUCACCGGAAGACUUCGGGUUGCUGGUGUGCAGCCACUUUCUGUACACGUACCGACACGUGGAGGAGGUCUCCGUACACGUGGAGGAGUACCCCUGGGAGAGGCUGCAAUCCGACGAGCGGCCUCACAACCACGCCUUCAUCUUCUCUCCCACGGCCUACAGGUUCUGCACCGUCACGCAGGCCAGAAACGAGCGGCCCAAGAUAAAGGGCGGGCUGCGCGACCUGCGUGUCCUCAAGACGACGCAGUCAGCCUUCAAGGACUUCAUCCAGGACGAGUACCGCACGCUGCCCGACGCCAACGACAGGAUCUUCAGCACCAUCGUCAGCGCCACGUGGGACUACUCCACCGCCAACGGGGUCAACUUCGACAAAGUCUGGGACGCGGUGAAGGAGUGCAUCCUGGACAAGUUCGCUGGACCGCCGGACACCGGCAUCUUCUCGCCGUCUGUGCAGAACACUCUGUACCUCACAGAGAAGAUGGUGCUCGACAAAGUCCAGCAGAUUUCGCAGAUCGAGAUGUGGAUGCCCAACAAGCACUACUUCACGAUCGACCUGAGUAAGUUCCCGCGCAGCAUCGUGGGCAGCGACAACAAGGAAGUGUACGAGCCGGUGGACAAGCCGUCCGGCAUCAUCCACGCCAAGCUCGCCCGCAAGGAUCUCAAGGCCAAGCUGUGACGUCAUCGCCGAUAGCGACGCGAGAUCCGCAGCGAGCGCUUGUUGGCACUAUGCGCGAAUUUCUAAGUGCGCCCAGCUGCCGCUUGCCAGGAAUGGUAGUUUCUUCUGCACCGAAAGUCUCGCGGGCGCUAUACGUUGCUCAAUAAAAUGUAUUGUACUUACACGGAACGGGGUUGCCUGCUGGACAGAUUAUGCAAAUUUUCGAGCGGCAGAGCAACCAUCAGUUAUUGGCUAGUCUAUAAAAAAUAAGACUUUAACUAAGUAUUGUAAAUUUACGCACCUUACUAUGAAGGAUUGUACAUUUGUAUAAAGAUAGUUACAAUAAAACUAUUUAUUAAAAGUUA